CAAUAGCUGCCGCGCUUCUUCUUCGAGAUCCUCGUAGCCAUUUUUGGAUUCCGGUCUUCAAUUACCGUGGAUCGGGUCGAUAAAUAAUUAUGCCGCGAAGUUGAAAAGCAUGGCGAGUUCAAGCAAUGACUCCAAUAUAGCUCCCGAUUCUCCAAUAGAAGAAGUAUUUAACUGUCAUUUAUGUGAUAAAUCGUACACGACUAACAGCAAUAGAAAUAAACAUUUAAAGAAGUGUCACAACAUUGAUGUUCCUCUAGAUACAUCGAAUCACCGAAUUCCGUGUGCAGAAAAUUAUUGUAACGGUUUAUUCGGAACAAUUGCCGAUUUACGAACGCAUUUAAACGAAGAACAUGGUUUUACAUUUAACGAAGAUUACCGUUUUUUCCCAACUAAACGCAAUUUUCUACAUUGGAAGAAAAAAUUAGAAAAAUCGGAGCGAGUUCGAUUUAUCAAAACGCAAGGUGAUAAAUUACGGAAAAAUGCUGUACAACAGUAUUUCCAUUGUAACAGAUCUGGAUCCUAUAUUAGCCAAAGUACAGGUAAAAGAAAAGCAAAAGUUACAUGUAAAAUGGGACAUCAAUGUACAGCAAGCAUGGUAGCUACAAUUAACAGAAUCUCGGGGGAAGUUAUUGUCAAAUUUGUAAAAGAGCAUUACGGGCAUGAUAUUCCCCCGCCCCCAACAGUACCGCAAGCCAAUCAGGAAUUGAGGCGAACGCUGAAGCUUGGAAAAGCCGUAGCAUUAACCAUGUCUUUAAUGAAAGUAAGAAUAAUAACUAUGUUGAAAAGUUUAAUUGAAGAAGGGGGAUUCGAUCGAGUACUUGACAAGCUUGAAGUGAUGUCAGCUGGGGCUGGCCAGUGUGUGUGUGAACUGAAGGUAGCCAACGAGCAUAAGAAUAGGAAUGGACUACUUCAUGGAGGAAUGACUUCUACCCUCGUAGAUGCAGUUUCAACAAUGGCUCUCUUUAGCAAAAUAGAAAGAUAUGGUGUUAGUAUAGAAAUGAGUGUUUCAUAUAUUCGACCAGCAAAUAUUGGAGAUGAAUUAUUUAUUGAAGGAAAAAUAUUAAAAGUUGGCAAGAAUCUUGCAUUUUUAACUGUUGAUGUAAAGAAUAAAGUUACGGGUCAAAUAAUUGCACAAGGGAAACACACCAAAUUUGUUGGUGAUCAACAAAAUGAUCCCUCUUCUUCAUUAGCAUCAUAAAUUUAUAAUUGUUCACCAUACUUCUUUUUGUAACAUUUGUUUAUUGUACAUAUGUAUGUUAUGGGUAUUUUUAGUUACUAUACAUUGACUUUAUGAACAACACAAGUUUGUAUUACUUAAAUGCAUUUAUUUAUAGAAUUUUUUGAGUUUGUAAUAAAAGUUUAUAAAAUUGAUAA